AUGCCGAUCCUCAAGCAGCUGGUCCACUCCACCCAGUCAAAGCGGCGUUCUCGCGCUGACCUGACGGCAGAGAUGAUCAGCGCACCUCUGGGUGACUUCCGGCAUACCAUGCACGUGGGGCGCGGUGGUGACGCUUUUGGUGACACGUCCUUUCUCAGCACGCGCUCAGGUGAGGCUCCACCCCCUGAUACCAAGCGCGGUUCUCCGGGCUCCAAGCCAUCGCUGCUGGCCCGCACCUUCCGGGCCAGCAAGCGCUCACACUCUGUCAACCGCGGGGAUGGGUAUGAGUACAGCGCCGCUGCGCCCACCGGAUCAGCUAACUUUGUGAAAAACGCUAUUUCCCUGCCGUAUCUCAAUCGUCAUGAAAGCGAAGGGAGAACGCGGGUGCCCGCUGUCUCCGAAAGCACGUUGGUCAACGGUUCGGCGGCCAUUGCCACCUUUGACACAGAAUUUGACGAACGCAAUUUUGGCGAGCUUUCUGAGCUUCCGCCUUCCCUGCCCAAGAGCGGCGGUGGAAUGAAGCACGCCGAGUCCAUGAUGUCCUUCCACGUGGAUCUGGGCCCUUCCAUGUUGGGUGACAUUCUGAGCGUGAUGGAGAAGAAAGGCUUUGAGGAUGACGACCUCGGCUACGAGGAAGGCAAGGGCAGCGAGGGCCACAGUUCACCUGCCCACAUCCCUCUAAUCGAUGACGACCCCAUUGUUGAGGAACGCCGCCCACCUGCCAGGCCGCCUCGCAUGAUGAUCUACCAACAGAAGGCCAUGGUGACUCCUUACAGCCCUGAGCUUCAUACCAGGAACAACCACCAGCACCUGGAUAGCUGUUCCGUAUCCAGCUCUGGUUCUACCACCGAAGAAAAAACACCCUACAUUCACCACAACGACACAGACAGUGCCAAGUACAGUUCGCCACGCGGGGAGGAUGACUUCUCUUUCAUGGACGAUGAUGACGAUGAGAUCAGAGUUUAA